AAAUACAGGGUUGCAAAAAUGGAAGAUGAGGUCAUGGAUGAACGUGAUGCAUCACAAGUGAUCACAUCGUGUUCUCCAGCAGAGCGAAAGCAGGUUGGAGAAGAAGGCGUCGUACCAAGUGAUUUGCCAAAAAUGUCUUGCCGGCCAGGAGAAACAGACAAAAGUGAUAAUUACAGGAAGCGUAAGGAAGAGUUUGCAGAAGCAAUUCGGAGAUCAAAAAUUCCGGUUCCAAUAUCUGAGGCUCUCAUGGAGUUCUUUGGUAUUAAGGAAAACUGGAUGCUCGAGCAUGAAGCUAUGGUUGGAGUAUGGGACUACAGUCUAGAUAAAGGUUUAGUGGUAAGUGAUUGUUUCAUUAGCAUAUGUAUUACUUGUUUUAGUUAAUGCCUGGUUGUUGGUUUUUAAGUCAGUAUGUCAUCUUUCUUUUUUGCUUUGUUUUUGUUUUCGUGUCUCUGUUCAAUUGCGGUGCACUUAAUUGGAGUAUGGUCCAACUAAGGUGUGUGUAUGAAACUGAAAAUGGUACCAAUGAGAUCAGUGUAACUCUCUUCUGUGGUUCUUUUCCCCAUAGAAUGUCAUUGAGCAGUCUUUCAGUGUUCUUUUCUUGUUUCUUUGUAGGCUACUGAUGAAGAUGAAGAUAUCGGUAGAGUCUAUUGUGAUGAGAAGCUGAAAAAACUCUUCAAGGUCGACACCUUCCAUGGACUCGAGUUGUCGUUACAUGUAGUUAAGCAUCUACUGAAGAGAGCACUGGAAGAUUGAUGAGGACCCCUCCCCACCGUCUUAGAUGUGACUUAGAAAUUUCUGUAAUGCAUAGUUGGUGUAAGUAAUUCUCCUUGAUAGCACUUUUCCCCCCUGACAGUUUGUUGUUUAUAAAUCUGGGAGCCACAAGGAUGGUGAUGUUUAUGUAGGUUUCGUGAAUUUACACCGUACAUGUAGAGUUGUUGCUAACUUGGCCACAUGGGGAAAAUUGGUGGUUAGAUUGUGGCCUAUGAAGCAUGGACACGUCUAGAUGUGGUAACCGGUUUUGCCUGUGUUGAACACAGGCAUGUGUC